CGCAGUUGGGCGGGGCGGCGCGCUCUCCCGGCCUGGUGUUACUCUCCGCACCCUGGCUACGUACCUAGUCCUCUCGCAGCCCGGCCCAGUCCAGCUCCAUGUACCGCGCGCUGUACACCUUCCACUCGGCGGAGCCCAACGCGCUGGCGUUCGCCGCAGGCGAGACCUUCCUGGUGCUGGAGCGCAGCAGUGCGCACUGGUGGCUGGCGGCGCGGGCGCGCAGUGGCGAGACUGGCUACGUGCCGCCUGCCUACCUGCACCGUCUCCAGGGUCUAGAGCAGGAUGUCCUCCAGGCCAUUGAUCGGGCCAUUGAGGCUGUGCAUAACACAGCCAUGCGGGAUGGUGGCAAGUACAGCCUGGAGCAGCGUGGAGUCCUCCAGAAGCUGAUCCACCAUCGGAAAGAGACCCUGUCUCGUAAAGGACCCUCAAUCUCCAGUGCUCCAGUUAUGACUGCAUCCACCAGUGACCAUCAUUUGGACGCUGCCACCACUAGGCAGCCCAAUGGGGUGUGUCGAACUGGGUUUGAACGGCAGUACAGCUUGCCCAUUUCUGAGCAUCUUGGGACAGAUGGAGCCCUCUACCAGAUCCCACCCCAGCCUCGUCGAGCAGCACCUGCUACACCACCCCCACCUGUGAAGCGCCGAGAUCGAGAGGCCCUGGUGGUCUCAGGGAAUGGUGGCCGAAACACCACGCCCUCUGGGUGUAGUUCAGUGUCCAGUGGCUCCUCGGUCAACAGCACUUCUCUGGAUACGCUCUAUACUGGCUCCAGCUCCUCUGAGCUGGGCCUUGGCUGCUCACCCACACCCCCACCUGUGCCACGCAGAGGCACCCACACAGUGUCCCAAGCCUUGCCUUCUCCCUCCAAGGCACCAGCCCGUGAGUCCCCUACAGAGGAGGUGGUGGUUCAUACAACUUCAGCCCCUGAUGACUUGGAGUCCCUGGGUGCUCUGAGCCUGGGGACCACAGAGGAGAAGGCAGUGGCUGAGACAGCUGUGCCAAGGACCAUUGGGGCAGAACUGAUGGAGCUUGUGCGGAGAAACACCGGCCUGAGCCAUGACUUAUGCCGCGUGGCCAUCGGCGUCGUGGUGGGUCACAUCCAGGCCUCUGUGCCAGCCAGCUCACCUGUCAUGGAGCAGGUCCUCCUCUCGCUGGUAGAGGGCAAGGACAUGAGCACAGCCCUGCCCUCUGGGCAGGUCUGCCAUGACCAGCAGAGGCUGGAGGUGAUUUUUGCGGACCUGGCUCGGAGGAAGGAUGAUGCCCAGCAGCGCAGCUGGGCCCUGUAUGAGGAUGAGGGCGUCAUUCAAUGCUAUCUGGAGGAGCUGCUGCAUAUUCUGACUGAUGCUGACCCUGAAGUUUGCAAGAAAAUGUGCAAGAGGAAUGAGUUCGAGUCCGUCCUGGCCUUGGUGGCCUAUUACCAAAUGGAACACCGAGUAUCACUGCGGCUGCUGCUCCUCAAGUGCUUUGGGGCCAUGUGCGGCCUCGAUGCAGCUAUCAUCUCCACACUUGUGUCUUCUGUGCUGCCUGUGGAGCUGGCGAGGGAUAUGCAGACAGACACACAGGACCACCAGAAGCUCUGUUACUCUGCGCUCAUCCUGGCCAUGGUCUUCUCCAUGGGGGAGGCAGUGCCCUACGCACACUACGAGCACCUGGGUACACCUUUUGCCCAGUUCCUGCUGAGCAUCGUUGAGGAUGGGCUGCCCCUGGACACCAUGGAGCAGCUGCCUGAUCUCUGCAUGAACCUGCUUCUGGCUCUCAACCUGCACCUGCCAGCACCUGACCAGAACGUCAUCAUGGCUGCCCUGAGCAAACACUCCAAUGUGAAAAUCUUCUCUGAAAAGCUGCUACUUCUUCUCAACAGAGGAGAUGACCCUGUGCACAUCUUCAAACAUGAACCACAGCCGCCACACUCAGUUCUCAAGUUCCUGCAGGAUGUUUUCAGCAGUUCUGCCACAGCUGCCAUCUUCUACCACACAGAUAUGAUGGCGCUCAUUGACAUCACUGUACGGCACAUUGCGGACCUCUCACCCGGAGACAAGCUGCGCAUGGAGUACCUCUCCCUGAUGCAUGCUGUGGUCCGCUCCACACCCUACUUGCAGCACCGCCAUCGGCUGUCGGACCUGCAGGCUACACUGCGGCGCAUCCUGACUGAGGAGGAGACCUCACCGCAGUGCCAGAUGGACCGCAUGAUUGUCCAAGAGAUGUGCAAGGAGUUCCCAGUGCUUGGGGAGGCCCCCAGCUAGCACCUUCCUUCCCCCGCUUCCCUGCAGCUCUGAGAAGGGUGCAGGGGACUCAGGGGCUUCACCCUAAGAAUGUUUUGAGGGGCUGAGUGGAAGGGCCCUGAGUGGGGCCCCCACCUCAAUAGAUCCAAUCAAAGAGGCCAAGUUUCGAAUGGGGGACCACAGUCUGGGAGAUACACUGGGGUGGAAGGAAUGUACAGGCGGAAGCCCCUCUAUCCCUGGUAGUCUGCCUCUUUAGCAUGCCUCGCCUCCGUCUCAUACCCACCCACAUACUUAGAGUCCUGCUGCUGCUCCAGGCUGGGCCAGAGCCCCAUGCCCGCCUGCCUGGCCUGUGUCUGGGCCUCUGCAAGCCAUGUCCUUAGGCUGAGGGGAGGUGUCACCCACCAGCUCUGCUCUUUGCCUUAGCUUUGCAGUGAGUGCUGCUCGUGCUCCCUCAAACCCCAUGGGGUCAGCUGCCCUUUGCUUUUAACCCAGGAGGCCUUGGCCAAGCUGCUGCUGUGAAAGUGGAAGAUAUCCAAGAAUAUCCAGUCUUUGAGACGCACCAUCGAUUCUAGUGCUUCAUAGAAUAGGAUGGUGACAUUGAGAGAGUCAGUGACAGAAUCUAUUUUCUCUAAAAAUGUAAACUGAAAAGUCAUGUGUAUUUUCCUAUGUGUUGCAGCUCAACUUUGGAAAUAAAUCAGUGCCAUCUGGA